ACAUAGCUAGUAACAAUACUUUUAAACUAUACUUAUAUAUUUUUGAUCGUAAUGGAGAAGAAUAGUAGUAGUAGUAGUGGAGAUUUGGAGAAGAUGAAGAAGGAGAUCAACGAGCUAAUGACACAAGGAAGAGACUAUGCACACCAGUUCGGAUCAGCUUCAUCUCAAGAAACACGUGAACAUUUGGCCAACAAGAUUCUUGAAUCUUACCACAAGUCUCUCACCAUUAUGAACUACUCCGGCGACCAAGAUUCGCCACAUGCUCAGGGUGGUGGAGGAGGCAGCCCCAAGAGCGAUGAUUCGGAUCAAGAACCACUUGUCAUCAAGAAAUCGAAGAAGUCAAUGCCAAAGUGGACAAGAAAAGUCAUAAUUGCCCCUGGAGUUGGUAUUGACAGAUCGCUUGAAGAUGGGUUUAGUUGGAGAAAGUACGGCCAGAAGGAUAUCCUCGGAGCCAGGUUUCCAAGAGGAUACUAUAGAUGCACGUAUAGAAAAUCCCAAGGAUGUGAAGCUACAAAACAUGUCCAAAGAUAUGAUGAAAAUCAAAAUCAGAUGCUUUUUGAGGUAAGUUACCGAGGAAUACAUUCUUGCUCUCAAGCUGCAAAUGUCGGUUCAACCGUCCCGGUACAAAACCUCGAACCGAACCAGACCGAAAACCAAGAAAAUCUUGAUGACAUCGUGAAAGGAAGUCUAGAGAGCUACAAUCAUGAUCAAGAACAUUUUCAUCACACCCUUCACUAUCCUUUGUCCUCCACUCCAACUCUUGAAGGUAACAAUGCGUAUAUGCUUCAACCGAGAGAUCAUAACAUGGAGUUUUUCGGAUCGACGAGUUUCUCUAAUGAUCUUGGAACUAAUAUCAACUACAAUUUCCCGGCGUCUGGCUCGGCCUCUCACUCUACAUCAAACUCUCCAUCCACCAUCCCUUUGGAGUCCCCAUUUGAAAGCUAUGAUCCUAAUCAUCCUUAUGAUCCUAAUCAUCCUUAUGGAGGGUUUGGAGGAUUCUAUUCUUAGUUAUCCAGUUAAAGGAUGGACUGAAGUUUUACCUAAUCAAGAGAUCAUCUUCAGGUGUUUUAACAAAUGCCCUAAUUACUUUUCUAAUCACGUUUUUGUUUUUGCCUAUUAAAGCCUUAU